GGCGCGCAAACCGUACGGACGUGUGGUUCGUGCCGUAGUGUUUCAUAUCGCGACGCGGCAUUAGAAAAUAUGUAUUGAAUUUUGUGUUGUGUGAAUGAUUGUAAUAUUAGUGAAUUGGAUUUGACUGAAUUGCGUGUCGACAUAAUUGGCUUUUCACGUAAAAGUUGAAAGGUGUGAACAUCAUCAGAGCGUGUUUAUGAUCGUACGGUGAGGAAACUCGGCCGAUAGUAGUCGGUCGAUUAAAUCAGAGAAUCUUCAUCAAACUGCCGUCAUGACGCUACACUGGUGGAUGCACUGGUUCUGGGUGACAACGCUGUUCACCAUCCAUGCGAACAGCGGGCUGAGCUCCGCGGCGCCCCAGUCAGAGGAGCUCCAACACAUCAGCGCUGAAGCCGAGCUGGACCGACGGCUCUCUGAACGACAGAGUCGAGCCAUGUACUACACAAAAACCCAAGUCACCACACAGACCUCCAACAUAACAGACAAUCAUACAGAUAAACCACCAGAAUUACCAGUUACGAAUACAACAGACACUAAUAAAACAGAAGAAGUGCCCCAUCCAGCUAUACAAUGGACAGUAGUCAAUAUCACUGACAUGUCAUCAAACAGUACGCAAACUCCAAGUGUAAACACUAGCACCGCUACGGUGGCUCCGUUCACGAAUUUGACGGAUACACAGAAUACAACGUUUGCGUCUAAAAAGAGGAAUCUGACUAGACCAGAUUUUGUAAAAGACGGCGGUGGAAACGUGGCGGAGAGUAGAAUCGUGACAGAAAAGCCCUUGUCAUUAGAGACUACUUUCCUGCAGACUCGGAUACCACCGAACGUAGAGUCUUCUAGAAGGGUGAUAGACCAAAGUGACGGAGGUAUGGAUACGGGAGCCAUAGCUGGAAUAUCGUUUGCUGCGCUAGUCCUUGCGGCCUUGGCUGGAAGCACGGCGUUUGUGCUGUACCGGCGAAGGUACCUGAACAAGCCGCAGACCCUGAAUGACAAGUGCUCGAACCCUGAUUCGAGCGGCUAUUUGGAUGACAGUACGAUAAGAGACAACUCCGAAGAGAUGUACAGCCUAGACAACGACUCGUUCCUAAACUCUUUGGAGGCGAUGACCAUACAGAACUACUGGACGGACACCGUCAAGCACACCAAACUCUGAACGCGUCACACGUAAAGACGUCACUCAAGCAAGAUGACGGACCAAACUAUUUUCUAUCAUAACUGGGAAUUGAAGAUGACUAUGAUUGUAAUGAGGAUAUUAUGACGACACAGGCCAACUAGAGCUGUUUUGUCAAAGAUAUCUAAGUAAAUGACUACUAUCUAAAAUCUAACAUACGUCUAAAAUUGAGACAGAUUAGAUAAAACAAGACUAAAUGUCAACUUGAUGCUGUCUGAUUAGAUUUUUGCUUUUUAAAUUAAGAACUUGUAUGACAUUUCUGCCUUUGUGAAAGUUGAUCAAAUAAUUCGAUAUUCAAUUUUUUCUGUGAUUAUUUUAAUGAAUUGUAACGUUUUUUUUUUUAAUGAUUUUAGUUCUAACUUUUUAGCUGUUCUGAUUUUAUUUCGGAGUUAUAAACUCUUAGUAGGUACGUUAAAUGACAUGGAUUUCGGAAACGGUUGCAAAAAUAUACAGACUUAUUUACAAAAGGUUUUCAAAACUCAUAAAGGCCUAGCAAUGAAUUUAUUCAUUAUACUUCAAUGAAAACCCCGACUUGAGAAGGACAAAAAUUUUAGAUAUAAACUCUCCUUGACCUCAUUAAAAAUAGGUAUAAUGCCUGCCUAUCAGAAUCUUUAAUGUGAGAGAAACUCCUUGUGGUGGCAAAGUUAAAAAUAUUGACAUUAUAUAGCAUUAUUUAAAUCGACCAAAGCCGGUAGCAUCAGCAGUUCAGAUUGAUCAAUGGAGUUAACGUUUUCUUGCUCGUCAGAUGGCGCUAGUGUCGUGGUGUCCACUAGGAAAAUAGGUAGUCACAUCAUUGGUCGUUCAAUUCUUGACUGCUACAUUGAUUGGACAACGUAACCUCUUGACAGAUUAGCGACAUCUAGUGAACAAAUAACGGUAUUCCACAGAGGAAAUAAAAUUGA